AUAAAAUGUGUACGGAAGUGUCACCACUGCUACCUUCGAGCCUCCAGUUUUUACCUCAGUUGUCACCUUAUACUCGAUUAAUAGGAAUAAGGGGCAAUUGUUAUUUGGUUUACAGGCAGCCGGUUUUCACAUAAUGUCUUCAUAAUGAUUUUCCUUCGCUGAAAACAGCGGAUAUUCAGUCAAAUUCAGGCUUGAUAAAAGUUUCCAGCGGAGCAGAGGAAGUCCACAAUGAGCUCUCAGGAUGUACUGAAGAAUGCGUCCACUCUAGCAUCGUAUAAUGUGUUGUUACAGGUGAUGUUCCGCGUGCUUACCUUCUUGCUGAAUGCAUUCACAUUGCGGUUUGUGUCCAAAGAGCUGAUUGGUGUUGUCAAUGUCAGGCUCACACUACUGUACUCCACAUUAGUGUUUUUAUCCAGAGAGGCUUUCCGGAGAGCCUGUCUGAGUGGGGGAUCUGGGAAAAACCACAGCUGGAGACAAAUUAUCAACCUGCUAUGGCUGACGCUGCCUCUCGGUGUGUUAUGGGCGGUCCUGCUGGUUUGUGUGUGGUUGUGGCUCCUGGAGGUCCCAGAUCCCCAGACUGUCCCCUACUACGGCCCUGCUGUGGUGUUGUUUGCCUUGGCAGGAGUGCAGGAGCUCCUGGCUGAGCCCCUCUGGGUCUUGGCUCAAGCUCACAUGUUUGUCCGCCUGAAGGUGGUCGCUGAGAGCUUAGCAAUGAUUGCUAAGUGCAGUAUAACUGUGGUGCUGGUCGUCUCUGCCCGUGAGUGGGGCCUUUACAUCUUCUCUGCUGCUCAUUUGUUGUACACAGGAUUCCUGGUGCUCUGCUAUGCUGUUUACUUUAUUCGUUUCCUGGGCUCUAAAGAAGCAAAAAAAAAGAGUUUUCCUUUCCACCGUGUUGGAGAUCUUUUGCCCUGUAGAGAAGAUGGAGAGCCGCUGGUUGACUGGACUCUUGCACGACUCACAUGGAGCUUCUUCAAGCAGUCCUUCCUGAAGCAGAUCCUGACAGAGGGUGAGCGCUACGUCAUGACCUUCCUGAACGUUCUCAGCUUUGGGGACCAGGGCGUUUAUGAUAUCGUCAAUAACCUGGGCUCUAUGGUGGCGCGCUUCAUCUUCUUGCCCAUCGAGGAGAGCUUCUACAUCUUCUUUGCCAAAGUUCUGGAGAGAGGACGUGAUGUCAAAAGUCAGAAACAGGAAGAAGUCGCCAUUGCAGCUGAUGUUCUGGAGUGUCUGCUGAAGCUGGUGUUGGUGAUUGGUCUGAUUAUCACAGUGUUUGGUUACGCCUUCUCUCACUUGGCUCUGGACAUUUACGGCGGCUCUCUGCUGAGCAACGGAGCAGGGCCUACUUUGCUGCGAUGCUACAGCUGCUACGUCCUCCUGCUCGCUGUAAAUGGUGUAACAGAGUGUUUUGUAUUUGCUGCCAUGAGCCAAGAAGAGGUUGACAAGUACAACCUGGUGAUGCUGGCUCUGUCUGUGUCUUUCCUCUUCUUGUCCUACAUGCUGACCUGGUGGGCUGGAGGUGUUGGUUUCAUUCUGGCAAACUGCCUUAACAUGGGCCUCCGCAUCUUACACAGCCUGCUUUACAUCCACCACUACUUCCAGUCCAGUCAGUGGAAACCACUGCGAGGCCUGUUGCCCUCCCCACUCCUGCUACUAGCACUUGCCAUCAGUGCAGUCGUUACAGCAGUUUCUGAGAGUGUUUUCUGUUGCGACAGCGGCUGGUUGCUGAGGUUCGUCCAUAUUGGCGUGGGAGCAGUGUGUCUACUGGGUGUCCUUGUAGCUGUUCUUCUCACAGAGACUCGCCUUAUUCAGUUUGUGAGGACUCAGCUGUUGCCCCGGUACAGAAAGAAACACACGUAAAUUUGACUGAAAAUGGAAAAAAACUUCUGUACUGCUACAAACAGUAGUUAAAAGUUGAUGGAUGACUACUGGCCUUGUGAAAGCAACAAGGAAACAUCUUUAAACAGACCUUUUGAGGGUGAGCGUGAGUGUGUGUGUGUGUGUGUGUGUGUGUGUGUGCGCGUGUGUGUGGUGUAGGUAAAAUCUAAAUCGGUUUACACUGUUACGAAUAUGGAGACAAAAGUUCCCGUAAUGUAAAUCAUUACAUUUUAAGGUGAAGACAUUACGGUUAUGGUUAGGGUUAGGAAAGUCAAUGUAAUGUCCCCAGAAGCCAUGGAGACUCUGUGUGUGUGUGUGUGUGUGUGUGUGUGUGAUGUUUUCACUGUAACAUUCCUGCAUUGGCACAUGCAAGUAUGAGGAAAACUUGUGGGAGACUAACUGUGGGAGAAAAGAAGAUGAAUGUAUUUUUAAUUUGCUACAGGGACAGGUUGUCCUACACAAAUAAAACAAGAACUAAUUAAUUCA